UGCCAGUUUGGAGCAGCAACACUGCCUAUCUUGGAGUUGAAACUGCAACUCUAAUGAACAAUGGGAAUUUGGUUCUUAUAGGUAUUGGAGAUAGAGUCAUCUGGGAGAGUUUUAACAGUCCUACAGAUACUCUUCUUCCGGGGCAGUCUCUCUCAUUCCCUCUCUCUCUACAGCCCUCAUCCUCAGGCUCCACCGCUAGCUACUAUAGUUUUCAGAUUAAUAAGAAAUCUGGCGACAUCUCGCUUGUUUGGGAGGACAAUGUGACGUAUUGGAGCAGUCAUUUGAGCCAGCCUGUGGAUGUUGCAGAAGUUCGUCUCGAAGCGGAUGGGCUGCUGGGGCUUUUUGAUGUCAGUGGAGGUCUUGCUUGGUUUUGUUACAGUGAGGAUUAUAAAGAUCCAUUUGUGUCUUUCAGGCGCUUGAGGAUUGAUGCUGAUGGCAAUCUGAGAAUAUAUUCAUGGAACAAUGCUUCAUCUUCUUGGAAGGUUGCCUGGCAGGCUGUGCCAAGUCAGUGCCAUGUUUUUGGCUCCUGUGGAUUAUAUCAUGUUUGUGGUUAUAAUUCUUCUGGACCUUCUUGUGUGUGCUUGCUUCAGGAUUCCACUUCUGGUGAUUGUCAAAAACUUGCAGAUUUAGGAAAUUGCAACACAGGAAUUAGUAUGCUGGUUCUCAAACAAACAUUUUUAUACAGCCUUUAUCCUCCUCAUGACGUCAACAUAAUGCUGAGCUUAGAUGCUUGCAGAAGUUACUGCUUAAACGACAGUAGUUGUCUUGCUGUGACUGCUAAAAAUGAUGGCUCGGGACUCUGCACCAUUAAAAGAACCAGCUUUAUAAGUGGUUACCGCUACUCCUCUGUACCAGCCACUUCUUUCCUGAAGGUCUGCCUUGUCCCAGAAGCGGUGUCUGCUCAAGCUACUAAUUUGCAUGGAAACUCAUCAUUGCUAGAUGGGAAGCAACAUGUAGAUCAAAUAGUUGGACAGAAGAGUUUUAUGGUUGGUAUUGUAGUACUUCUUCUAAUCACAGCUUCUGUCUUUUUCACUGUGGAGAUAAUUAUAGUUGGGUUUGUUCUCUAUAGAAGAAGACAAACUAACAUUGAAAGGAGAACACCAUUUGGGAUGGAUUUUGGAUUGAAUCCACACUACAGUGCCAUGGUUAGAUUAUCACUCGACGAAGUGAAAGAGUUGACUAAGAAUUUUGGAAAUAAGCUUGGGCCGAGCGUGUAUAGAGGCAUGCUGCCUAACAAGAUACCAGUGGCUGUAAAAGUCAUUGGCAAUGCAGUAGUUUCUGAGCGAGAUUUUUUGCUGUCUGUCUCAACUUUGGGCAGCACUCACCACAAAAACCUCGUCUCGUUAAAAGGUUUCUGUUACGAA